AUGCGUCUCGCCGUUGGACUCUCUCUUCUCUUCCUCCUCGUCGCCGUCAACGCAUUCAGCGCUGAUUCCGAAAUGAACGGUUACCGAGAAAAACGUCGACAAAACCAACAAAAAAGUGUUCAUUUUAGUGCCGCGAGAUGAGGCGAUCAAGUCGGUGAUCCAAGGAAUGCGCAAGGUUCAAAUGGACAUCAAGAUCCGCCGUCUCCAACUUCAGGAUUUGUCCGAGCAACUCAAGAAGGAUCCCAACUACAAGCCGGAUCCGGAAUCGCUCGAGCACACCGGCAUUAUUGGCGUCAUCGUUCAGAGCAUCAGUGUGGGAGGAAGAGUGAUCGAGGCUGUCGGAGUAAUUGGGAAUAAGUUGUAG